CCCUGUGACCAGGAUGUGCUAACCAGUUGCUAAAACAUCAUUAGAAAAUUAACAAUGCAAGUUACGUAUAGAGCCUGCAAAUGUUCUACAGAUACAAAGUAGUUUCUUACUUGCUGCCACUGGACUGUACUGCUUUCCCUUUGUGUGCGUGUUUUUGGGCAAAGAACUCCACACUUGGGGAAAUAAUAAUCACUAGCCUGCCUUAAUUUAUUCCCAGGAAGUCAGUGCUUUCUAAUUUCGGUCACCUUGCUGGUUUAAAAGAAAAAAAAAACCUUGGUCAGCUUUUUAGUGAAUUGAGGCAGAGGCCAUAGGGCUGUUAUUUUGAACGUCCACGCCAUCUUGUCACAGGCUCUGCCGCAGCUGCCCCGCUACUAAAUCAAGUUCCAUAAAAACCUACCAAAAAAAAAAAAACGCGGUCCUAAUCACCAAAUUGAAACGCGAAAUGGCACCGUGUCAUUAAAAGGGGGAAAGCUCGCCGCCCUUUUGUAAUUCUGCCGCACAUAAAAAGCGGCAAGGGCAAACGUUUUAAAGACGAGAGCACUCCUGCUAAUUAAGUCGUUGAACCCGUUGCCCUCGACAAAUAUGUCGGGACUCGCGACGCGCAGCAGUCAGAAUCCAGCCAAUCGGAGCGCAGUUUGAAUCACAGCGCGCGGCGCACCAAUCUGGACGCGGCACCUUGGCGCUGCUUUGACAGGACUUCCGGGGGGGAAAGUGUCGGCGAAGGAAAGGCUAAUUUGUCACCGCGAGCAGCUGAUCUGUCGGCGCUGUGCUCAGCGAUGUAGACAACCGAGUUCGCUGUUUUAUCGAACAGGAUCCAUGACCCUGACACGAGGUUCCUUCACAUACUCAAGCGGCGAGGAAUACCACGGGGAAUGGCGAGAAGGUCUGCGUCACGGCCGCGGCCAGCUGACUUUCAGCAACGGAACGUGCUACACGGGCCAGUUUGAGAACGGGCUCUUCAACGGCUGCGGCGUGCUGGUCUUCGCCGACGGUUCCAAGUAUGAAGGAGAGUUCGUGCAGGGCAAGUUUCAGGGCGCCGGCGUCUUUACGCGAUUCGAUGGGAUGACGUUCGAGGGCGACUUUCGGAGCGGAUGUGUGAAAGGUUCCGGACUGUUGACGUUUGUGGACGGCGGCGGCGUCCAUGAGGGCGUCUUUGAGAGCAGCCAGUUGAUGAGACGGGGGAACAGUCAGGUGGCGGUCCAGAAGGCUCAGGCAGCCGCCGCCAAGGCCCGUGGCCUGGCAAUGUGACGCCGACCACCACCGCACGGUCGCAUCCCCCCCCCCCCCUCGUCUGUUUCCACGACGAUUGCGACCACGGCAACUGUCUAUGUUGCAGUUUGUUUUUGGUUUAGCGUCACUGAUGCUGGAUCAGUCGGACGCUUACGCGGUGGUGCUAACACGUUUUGCGCUCUGCUUAACCUGAGACCAGUCAACAAUUCAAAAGUGCAUUCAGAGGUGGGUGGGGGUGGGGGUGGGGGGUUUCCACGGCAACUCAGAAACAAAAUGCGUUGACAUCCGUCCGAAACACUGCGGCGCCAUCGACCGAUUCAAUCGCUAAACACUGUGACUCAGUUGCUGUGUUUGCCGGUCUUAUAUUUGCAACAAAAAACGCCAGAGUGUCCACUGGGUUUUCAAAUGUCUUCGACCUUGUGUUUCAAAACUCACAUCGAUGAAGGCGAUUCAUGGAAUUUUGCGCGAACCCUCCACGCGAACAAAGCCACGCUCGGAAACCCAUGCCUUAAAAAAAAUAAUAAUAAUAAUUAAAAAAAACAUCAA